AGUUAGAAACGUUGCAGGUUUGUGCACAUAGUACGUGCUGAAAACUAGACAUAACAACAUGGGGAAGGACUAUUACAAAGUUCUUGGUGUAGCCAAAGGCGCGUCCGACGAUGAAAUUAAAAAGGGAUACAGGAAGAUGGCACUGAAAUAUCACCCUGAUAAAAACAAGUCACCUGGAGCGGAGGAGAAAUUCAAGGAGAUUGCUGAGGCAUAUGACGUACUUAGUGACAAGAAGAAAAAGGAAAUAUAUGAUAAGUAUGGAGAGGAAGGUCUGAGGAAUGGUGGCCCCUCAGGGGGUGGGGGUCCUGCUGGUCCGGGCACAUAUAGUUACUCUUUCCAGGGAAACCCUCGCGAAACGUUCCGGAUGUUUUUCGGCACUGACAAUCCAUUUGACAACUUUUUCCACCCGGGGGCCGGUUUUGGCCCGGGUAUGGGUGGGUCCCGUCAGUACCAGUUUGGACAUCCAGGUCAGGAGGAUAUGGACAUUGAUGAAGAUCCGUUUGGUUUCGGCGGUCACGGGAUGCAUGGACACCAUAUGGGACCGAACGUACGAGGAAGGAAACGUCAGGACCCAGCUGUUGUCAAGGAUCUACAUGUUACAUUAGAGGAUAUCCACAGAGGAACCACUAAAAAAUUGAAAAUAACAAGACGAGUUUUAAAUCCGGACGGUAAAACAACAAGAAUAGAGGACAAAAUAUUAACAAUUGAUGUAAAACCCGGUUGGAAAGCUGGUACGAAGAUCACAUUCCCAAAGGAAGGUGACCAGUCUCCAAAUAGUGUUCCUGCUGAUGUUGUGUUUGUGAUAAAGGACAAACCCCACCCACAGUUUGCUAGGGAUGGAAGUGAUAUAACAUACAAAGCCAAAAUACCACUACGAGAUUCUCUGUGUGGAACAACAGUUCAAGUACCAACAAUUGAUGGACGGAAAAUACCUCUCAGAUUAACGGAUGUAGUGAAACCAAACAGUGUUAAGCGUAUACAGGGUGAAGGACUACCUCUACCCAAACAACCCAAUAAGCGCGGGGACCUGAUAGUUCAAUUUGAUGUGACAUUUCCUAACCACAUAUCAUCUACAGCUAAGGAAAUUUUAUCCGACUGCCUGCCGAGGUGAUAAGUGUAUGGCAGUGAUGUGAAACUCUAAUAGCAGUUGUGUGAUUACUUGGUACACCUGUACAGACAAGGCCCAAGUUACUUACAGCGUGUGUGACUUCAUUCAAGUGCUCAUUUUUUAUGUGGCGCUGAAUGAUUACUAAUACUCUUCAAGAUGUCGGACAGUGCUCUUUUAUGUGUGAUUUAUUUAUUGAUACAAUAAUCAUGCACUCAUAACACUCUUAAACCAAACUCUAUGUAUAGGAAUGUCGGAGCCAUAGUCAGUCAUGCAUGAAAUCACAACUAGAGCAUAACAUAUCAUAUACAGUAUUUCCUACGAUGUUACUGGUUUUGUUAAGGAGUGCUGAAAAUGACAAUGUAUCCUCAUUUCAAACGAUUAUCUCAUUCAAUAUAGGUUAUUAGCUUUUCAGUAUUAUAAUAGUUGUGUAUUUAAAAGCUUUGAUUGUAGUUUCCAGAGCCCAAGAGGUGAGUCACAUUUAGGAAAACAAUGUGUGGGUUUAAAACCUGAAAUUCAACUUGACCGAUAUUGUGUUUAUAAUAAUAGAUCUGGAGGAAAGAGGAGGAGUUACCAGUUUGCAAUAUGAUCAAUUAACUGACUGCCCACUGAAUUACCUUGUUAUGAUAUUGUGACACACCCUGUAUUUAAUGUACAUGUUAAGGAUUGCCGAAAUAGAGACUUAUUUUAAUUAUUAAAUUAUUGAAACUAAGUAGAUACAAAAUUGUUCUAGUCUUAUUGAAUAAUAUAGUAUAGUUUUUAAUGUAAACAUUUGAAUUCAAACUAAUGUAUACAAAAUUAAGCGGGCAUUUUUUGGGGGUGGGGUCCCUCGAUGUAUAGGAUUCUUGCACAAUGCAUUUUAUUUCAUUAAUAUAUGAAUUGAUUUUGAAAAGGUAUAAAUUUAUAUUCAUUUUAUACAGAUCUUGUUACUUGUCAAGAACAUUAGGGUGAUCAUUGUUUUUAUGUAUAAAUAUCAAUAGAUCAAUACUUAUGUUGAUAUUGUUUCAUUGUCAUAUGUUUUGCCAGUCAACACAUGAGUGAAUAUAUAGUAGAAAAUGAUUUGUAAUUUAGACCUUGAUUUCUAAAGGCUGUAAACUUGAAAUCUAGAGGAAAAUGCAAUGUAGUUUGCAAAUAGCUAUUAUAUCUUUAGCUAACAUUGUUAUGUAGAGAAGUGAUUUCCAGGAUACAAGAAUAUACCAUAUACAUGUAGCGUAAAGGCCUUGGUAAAAAUCAUAAAGCAGUUAUUUCUAUUAGUUCUCGGACGAUAAUCCAGCAAUGUAACCUGUAAUACAAUGUAUAGAUUUUCAUAACCACAAGCACUGUAGUUUGUGUCAGCUAAAGAAAAUAUUAUUGCCAGGAAACAAGACUUGUAUGCCUAAUAGUGUAAGCUGUUGAUAUAUUUUGUUAGUAAAAGUGUAAUUUGACACAUGCUGAAGUGAUGAUGUUGUGGACUAAUCCGACGGUACAAUUUACAUUUGUAUCUCGUCUUAUGAUUUAUAUCAACUCGGUGUUCAUGAAAAAUAACAAAUUUUCUUCACAUUUUCUGAAAAUCUAACAAUGUUAACCUUAGGCAAAAUUAAUGUCAUUUUGACGCAAGUAUUCAUCUGAAUACUGACAAAGGAGUCAUGAAUUGGUUGUAAUGAUACAUACAUAAGUGUUUCUUAAUCAUGAGCUCAAGGCCGGUGAUGAGAACUUCGGGUUAUGGAGGUUUAUAUAGGACAACCAGCUAGGUAAUCAGCUGAUCAGUGAGAUAGGACUCCAUAAAUACAGUAGCUGAAGGCCUCUUUAGACAAAUGUGUAACUGCCAGGACUAUUUUUCACUGGUUCUCUGUGAUAUGUCUAUAUCUCACUGCUUACAUGUGAUGUGCCUUGGGUACUGGAGCAGGGCCAGAGUGUGGCUUGUAUUCGGAACACCUUGGCCUCAUCUUUACUUGUUCAGGUAUUCCUAGUGUGUGCCUGGAGGGAGUUUUUGUAAUCUGCUGGCAUCCUCUAAAACAUGGCAUGUUUGCUCAAGUAGACUACCUCUUAUUUCAUGUAUAUGUGUAAUACAUGUUUUGGGCAUUUUUAUCAUAACUAAUGAAGAAACUGAUCCGAUACUAAAAAGUUGGUUCUUAUUAUAAAUUAUAGUUACUGAAAAGUUGAGCAAGAUGGUCAUGAUUUUUGGGCUGCAUUUGGGUUGAGGCCAUGUGUUAGAGGCUGCUGUGUGAUUCACCAUCACUCUAUCUGUAGAAUGUAAUGCAGAGUAACUCACCAACAGCCUAUCCUAGUCAUGUUAUUUUGCUGAUUUUUUUUGUUGUAUUCUUUUUAUGUAUAUAAGAUAUGAAAGAAGCUGUUGAUGCUAUAAUUUUUGAGUGAUUUAGUGCAAAAGUUUGGUGAAAGAUGAGUGAUCGUAUAAGAAGCAGAUAUAGAUAUGUAUGGCAGCGAUUCUUUUCAUUAUAUUGUAUAAAUAAAAAGGCUUGUUAUGUCUUAAUCUA